AUGAACACGCGCGCAAAAACCGCUGGCCUUAUAAAAGAAUUUUUCUCUUCCUCUAAUUAUGCCGUCGUAGGUGCUUCAACAGAUCCCUCAAAAUACGGCAAUAAGGGACUAAGUUGUGUUCCAAAUUUAUCUUCGUUACCAAACUUUGAACCUAAUAAUACGUCUGUUUCGAUAAUAACACAACCAAAUGUAUCAAAGGAUAUAUUGAAAGAGGCAACAAAAUUGGGGAUUACUCGUAUAUGGCUUCAACCAGGGGCUGAAAACACUGAAUGUCAAGAAUAUGCAAAGAAAGUUGGAUUGCAAAUAAUUAGUGGUGGUCCUUGUGUUCUGGUUAAUGGGGUUAAACUUUAG